AAAUUGGUAAUCAUGUAACGCCGCUUACCUAGGAUGUUCAAGACAUUCUUUAAGAUUAGUACUCAUUGUUCGAAAAUGCCAAAAUGAGUUUCUCAACUGUUGUUUGCUUUGCUUCUCUGUUUUCUCAGUGGUAGAAAAUUUAGUCAGGUUUGGACUUCAUUUGCAUCUUAUGGUCUAUGUGAAGGUAUGAUCAUGAGCUGUCUUUGGACAAAGAAAAAGCUUGUGCUAGUGUAUUCGUGUACUAAUAUCAGAACUCAGUGUGAUGUAAAAGCAAGGUUCAAUGUCAAUGUAUGUUAAUUGCCAGGAAGAUAAAGUUAUUUUAGAUGUCUAACAGAAGUUUAGUUUAGAAGUCUCUGUUCUCCAAUAAACAACCCUUCUGUUAAUCACAACCUCCCUAAAUAUUAACUAAACAAUUAACCAAAUCUUGUCUAAAUUAAGGCCUAACCACACCUUCACAGUUAGCCUAAAAAUAAACCUCUAAAGCCUCUCAAUAUUUUUAUAAGAACAUCCAUUUUUAAAGCUUCUCCAUUCAUUGAUUCAUUCUUUAAUUAUAAAUCCAUCAAGAACAAACUCUUUUCAGAAGAUAAACAAUAACAACAAUGGCGUCUACAGCGACCCAUCUUGUUGUUGUUUUCACCAUGUUGGUCUCAGCCAUGGCCGCAGCAGAAUCCAACAUGCUUCAAGAUUUUUGUGUUGCUGAUUUGUCCAAUGCGGUCAGGGUCAACGGAUACACAUGCAAGGACUCAACACAAGUAACACCUGAAGACUUUUACUUCCAAGGCUUAGCCACAGCCAAAGCAGCUGCAAACUCUUCCACUGGAGCCAUUGUAACCAGCGCCACAGUAGAGAAGUUACCAGGACUCAACACUCUCGGCCUCUCCAUGUCCCGCAUAGACUACGCACCAAACGGUCUAAACCCACCGCAUGUGCACCCACGUGCCUCCGAGGUUAUCUUUGUUCUAGAAGGUCAGCUCUACGUGGGGUUCGUAACAACCGCAGGGAAACUAGUAGCUAAAUACAUUAACAAAGGAGAAGUGUUCGUUUUCCCCAAAGGACUUCUCCAUUUCCAGAAGAACAUUGCUGGAUCAGCUCCAGCUUCUGUACUAGCAGCUUUUGAUAGCCAGUUGCCUGGAACACAGUCGCUCGUGGCGUCUCUCUUUGGAGCUCUUCCUGACAACAUUCUCGUUGAGACAUUCAAGAUCAAACCCAAACAGGUUAAGACGAUCAAGUCAAGAUACCAACCAAAGAAAUGAGAAGAAGAGAGAAUAAACAUAAUCUCUGUCUCCCUUUUUUGAGCUCUAAUUGUAAAACAUUAAGCAAAGAAGAUAAAAGAUAAAGUUUGGAACAUUUUAAUCGAUGAAAAGAGUUUGUUCUUGUUGUUGUUUCUCUCCGUGUGGUUUCAUUCUUUCACUUAGCAGCAGACAGUGGCUGGUGUUGCCUUCCAUCUGGAAUUGAGAAUAAGACAAUGGGCUUCGAAGGUUUGACAAAAGGAACAUCACAUCUGUAGUACCCUUUCCUCUCUAGCUGAAUCACAUCUCCACACUUCAGACUCCUCAUAUUAGAAUCACCGAGUGCUAAUGUUUCCUUCUUCGUGUAAGGAUU